AAUAAGAAAGAGAUAGUUAGUAUAAUGUAGUCAGCCAUCUUUACAAAACAUCUAUGUUAAUCUUAAUUUAUCCCAAUUAAUUAAUUAUUAUUUUGGUAUUAGAAGAAAGUUUUAGAUAUUAAGAGUGUAAUGAUUGUGUUAUUAAAGUGUAUUUUGUUUUUAAAGUGCAUUUACAACAGCAUAUAUGUUUUAUAUCUAAUAUUUCAUCCACUUCGAUGCAACAGGUGAUAUAGUUCAACAAUAAGAUGGGAAUAAGGACAUAAUUUUGAUGAAAUUGAAACAGAAGCUACAACAUCCACUGGACUGAAGUUUGCUCUACCAGUAAUGCCAGAGUUUCAUCUUGAAACUGAAAAACCAAUUCUAUCUUUGAUAAAUUAUGUAGCAGAUAAUGUCAGGAGCCUUUGUAAACUGGAAACAACCGAGUCUUUAGCUAAAGUCACUGCUGAUCGUUAUGGUCUAAACAACAAUAUCAAGAUUGGUAUGGAAUAUUGCGAUACCAAAAUAUUUGGUAAAACACGAUCUUAUUACAAACAAUUUUUGGAACCUAAGAACACGAAGAGUUUCAUGGAAGGAGACUCUUUGAUUAUUGGUCAAAAUAGAAAAGCUUUUGGAGGAAUAUCGAGAUCUGUUAGUAGUAUACAACAGGCAGCCUCAAAAAUCACAAAUAGGCAUUGAUAAACGUAAUUAGGAAAAGAUGUUGUUCUGACAAAUAAAUUCAUCGUGAAAAAAUACAUAUCAUUACUAUUAAAGCAAUAUUUCAUCUAUAUAUACAUAUAUUUUUGUAAAUUUUUUCUGUACAUAUUUAUGUGAUUAAAAUAUAUAUACAUCA